GUAUUUAUGUCUGGUUCCAAAUCUAUAUAUCUCAUGUUAUAGUCGUAAUUAUAUUUAAAUCCAACCUUAAGUACGCAAUCCAAAUAAAGUAGCCCUAGCAUUAACACAGGUGUCGGGUCAACAAAGCCAAUCACGACAUCCACCAAACUAGAUAAUAGGCACUUCCUAUUACACACAAAAACAUGUGUUGAUAACUUCUCUUCCUCCAAAAAAGAAAAAGAAAAAGUGUUGAUGCUACUUUCUGAAGCAGCUCUAUUAUCUCCAAGAUUCCUCCAGCCAAUUCCAAUUUGAAGAUUCCGAAGCAUGACGACGAAAACCCAGAAGAAAUCGAGAAGCUCAUCGAAGAAGUCCAAGAGAGAAUCAGUUUCGGUCCGCAUCAUCGAUGAGAAAACGCCUCUGCUGCUUCACAAGAAGGCGGAGAGCAGCAGUUUCUCCCACCAAGAAGCAGACGGAGCUUCCUUCACCGGAGCCGUAUUCAACUUGUCCACCACCAUAAUCGGCGCCGGCAUCAUGGCAUUGCCGGCCACCAUGAAGGUCCUCGGCCUCGCCCUCGGGAUUGCAGCUAUUGUGUUUGUCGCCUUCCUCACAGAGCUCUCCAUAGCCAUGCUGCUCCGCUUCAGCAAAGCCGGCGCCGUCGCCUCCUACGGCGGCGUCAUGGGGGACGCGUUCGGCGCCGUCGGCCGGAAAGCCUUGCAGGUCUGCGUGGUCGUCAAUAAUAUUGGGGUGCUAAUUGUCUACAUGAUCAUAAUCGGCGAUGUCGUAUCCGGUUCGACUUCGAGCGGAGUUCAUCACCCCGGUCUGAUGGAGAGCUGGUUCGGGCAACAGUGGUGGACCGGCCGGUUCUUCGUGCUGGUUGUCACUACGCUUGGGAUUUUCUCUCCAUUAGCGUGUUUCAAGCGUAUCGAUUCUCUGCGGCACACCUCUGCGGUGGCUGUUUUUCUUGCAGUGGUUUUCCUGGUCAUAACCGCAGGCAUCGCCGUCGCGAAAUGGAUGCAAGGAACCAUGAUGCCGCCGCGGCUCCUCCCCAAUAUCUCCGACAUGAAUUCAAUCUGGACGCUCUUCACCGUCGUCCCUGUCCUUGUCACCGCCUACGUCUGCCAUUUCAACGUGCACAGCAUUGAGAAGGAGCUAGAAGAUGCUUCAAUGAUAAAGCCAGUGGUUCGAACAUCACUGGCACUCUGCUCAGUGAUUUACAUCAUGACGAGCUUCUUCGGGUUCCUGUUGUUUGGCGAUGGCACGCUGGAUGAUGUGCUCUCCAACUUCGACAAGGAUAUGGGCAUCCCCUUGAGCUCCCAGCUCAAUGAUGCUGUUCGUGUCAGCUACGCGCUCCAUCUCAUGCUUGUUUUCCCUGUCAUUUUCUACCCUCUCCGCCUCAACUUAGACGGCCUCCUCUUCUCCUCCUGCUCCAUCCCUCUCACGGCCGACAACCUGCGCUUCAGCUCACUCACCAUUGGCCUCAUGUCCCUCAUCUUCUUGGGCGCCAAUUUCAUUCCCAGCAUUUGGGACGCCUUUCAGUUCACUGGUGCAACCACUGCUGUGUGCAUCGGCUUCAUCUUUCCUGCUGUCGUCGUCUUAAGGGACGCUCAUGGCAUCACCUCGUGGAAACACAAGACUUUGGCUGUGUUCAUGGUUGGUUUGGCUGUGUUCGCUAGCUUGGUGGCAAUUUACAGUGAUGCGUACGCCAUCUUCAAGAGGAACGCAACGCCUACACGCGAAUAGUCUCUCACGAAGAGGAAGUGGCGGGAAGAUGGAUCAGAAAAUGUGUGAUAUAUGGCUUGAAGAUGGAUAUUGACCUGAGUUGGUUUCAAGAAUUCAGGCAUCAUUUCUGCGUGGUAAUAAGUGUGUUAUGUUGAUUUCCAAACAAACUAGAUUUAUUUAUAUAUUCAGAGGUUUAUGUGUUAACAGUUUUGGUCCACCUUAUAAUAGUAUUCUUCAACUAUAUAUGUUUCUUCAAGUGUAAUACGAUAUUUGAUGCUGAGAUUGGUAAGAGAAGAAAACAAUGAUCUUUGUUUCAUCCCUUGUAACAGUUUGAGUGAAUGUUUCCAUCAAAAAUUUUAACCACAGUUUUCAUUCA